AAGAAAUGACGCUAUUUGAAUGUUUGGUAUUGCAGACGCGGCGGGUUGCAGCAGCAGUGAAUCAACAGCUAUACCUGGCAUCAUAGUUCGCGAAAAGUCAACCGUUACCCAUAAACAACAUUUACCCAUAAACAACUCUUCUGCUGGAUACCUUUAUCCACCAUCGUGCGCCAAGAUGCCCAAAGUUCACUACACACGGAGCCGCAACAACGGCCUGCAUCAUUCUUCAUCUUCCUUCAAACGACGAUACGUCCAUUGUACUGGAUGCCUUGACACAUCAUCGCGCGCCAAGAGACCCAAGAUGGCCAAAGUUCACGACACACGGGACCACAACAACAUGCUCCUGCAUCUUUCUUUAGCUUCCUCCUCCUCCUUCUCCUCUUCCUCCUCUUCCUCUUCCUCCUCUUCCUCUUCCUCAUUGAUGUGUUUAUUGCCUUCAUCAUCGCAUCAAACAAUUAAAUGCCAGAAGAUGCUUGAAGCAUUUGACGACGAUAACUCUAGUACGCGUAGCGGAAGUACGAGCACGAGGGAUCCAAGUAGCGACGGUCAGCAAUCCGACUAUGAGGAAUUAUCAUCCGAUUGUAGAUUAUUCACGCAAAGAGACACGAUUCCAUUUAAUUUGAAGCUAAAGGAGGUGCGAGUGAAGUUGUCCGAUGUUCUGCGCAGUGAAAAGCAUCGAAAAUUAGUCGCAGCAGCGCUUGCCAGAUCCUCUUCCGCGUCCAACAAGAAUAAGAUGAAUCUCUGGGAAGUGGAGAAAAUUCUACAAAAGCGAGAACAUAGGGGACAAUCACACUAUCUGAUCAAGUGGAAAAACUGGGAUGUCAAUCACAACUCAUGGGAACCAUUGCAGAAUCUCAAGUGUGAAGAACUAAUAUGUGAAUUUGAGAACGAGCGGAAAAAUUUGAUCGCUCAAUUCGAGAUAAUGGUAAAUUUCUAUCCAGACAAAUUCGAUGUUGAGCUUCUUCUGGCGCGAAAAUAUGAAAAAUGUAAUAAAACGAUCAUUGACGCUACAGACGAUGCUAUUGUUGCCAUCGCUGGGGAUACUAUGUAUGCCGAAAUUCGACGUUACCUAAAUUCAAACUCGCGCGAUACCGAGUUGGAGGAAAAGAUCAAACGGCAGAUGUUGUACAUGCUGAUGCUUGAGCUGCGGCGUGACCAACUUGAAUCCUUAAAGAAUUGGGAGACCGAAAUGAAUGAUGUUGCGAAGGGCAAACCGACGAUAAAAGUGGAGAACCUAGUGGAUCUGGCGAGUGCACCGCAAAACUUCAAGUAUAUCAACGAGUAUGAGUCAGAUGAAAAUCAGGUUAAGAUACCGGAUGAUCCACCGGUUGGUUGCCACUGCGAAGGCACGUGUGGGACCGAUAAGAAGUCUAAUUGUUGUUUUGCACAGAACAACGACAAGCAAACGUUGCCAUACACGUCGACGGGCCAGCUAUGCGUGAUUGCAGGGACACCUAUCUACGAAUGCAACAAGCGUUGCACCUGCGACGAGACUUGUCCGAAUCGGGUGGUACAAUUAGGUACCAAAGCACAACUGUGCAUCUUCCGAACGAACAAUGGACGUGGCUGGGGUGUGCGCACCCAAUGCGCGAUCAAGAAAGGCACUUUCGUGAUCAAAUACGUGGGUAAAGUGAUUAAAAGCGAGGACGCAGAUAAUCGUAGUAGAGAGUACAAUGAGACAGGUUGUACAUAUCUCUUUGACCUCGACUACAACCAACAGCCGUGCCCGUAUACCGUGGAUGCAACUAAGUGUGGCAAUGCGUCACAUUACAUUAAUCAUUCUUGUAAUCCCAAUCUCAAGGUCUCGGUGGUUUGGAUCAACUGCCUGGAUCCGGAUUUGCCCGAUCUCGCGCUAUUUGCUCUCAGGGAUAUUGAACAUAAUGAAGAACUUACAUUCGAUUAUGGUACGCAGAUGUCGCGCAACAAUCCGACUGUGACAAAUAGAGAUACCUGCAGAUGUGGUGCCGCGAAUUGUCGGAGAUAUUUGUUUUAAGGAGUAUGCUUGCCAUGUAACUUUCGUACGCGUCAAUAGAUGUUGAUUUUGCAUUAGCAACGACUAUAAUUUGGAAGAGAAGAAUGUACUCAGGACUAACUGAGAUGAGAAUAGUAA